AUGACUGAUACGCCGACAAAAAUCUCAAUGGCCAAAGUGAUUCCCAAAGACGCAUCCACUAAAGUCGGUGGUGCGAAUCUGCAGAACAAUGACACGCCACGCUACGACGCUCCGUCAUAUGCGCUUUCAUCUCCAAAAAAACUUUAUAGUGGCGCGAUAAGUGCACCAGUAUCGCCAAUAAAAGGAACGCGACUGCACAUAAUGGGUGCAAGUGUGUCUGACCUCAAGCUUAAUCACCUUUUUCGUCCUCGAGGGAGCAAAAUUGGUAAUACUCCAAGUCGCCUUGAAGAUAUUGGCAUUUCUUUCAUAUCUCUGCAGUUUUCCGACGCAGAAAUGGAGCAACGGUUUGCAUUGGCGAGGUGUGUGAAGUACCAGACACGUUUAAAGUUUGGGGCAGGAUUCACAGCCUUUUUUAUUCCACUGCUUGUCAUAAUGCAGGUGAGUUUCAAGGCAAGCUCUGAAAAUGGCAACAAAUGGACCCAUUUACCUCUUGUCAUGGUAUUCCCUGGUGUUGUUACAUUAAUGGGAGUACUCGUGAUUUGUUUUCCGCACUUUUUUAUGAAUCACAUGCGGUGGCUGAGUCUGGUCUGUUUGAUUGGACAAAUCAGUGCGUUGCUAGACACGACGGCUGCUGGAACUAUGGUGAGUGAGCGCAACAUUUGGGUACAGUUUAUUUUCUCGCUCGGUAUCACGAGCUCAACAGGGUUGACUUUCUUAAAGUCUACGACUGUGCUAGCAUGCUCAAGUUUGUUUUUCUUGAUUCUGGCAUGGGUUCGGUUCGCAAGUAAGUCAUCCACAGAAGAGCUUAGUGCCCCAGGAACUGUAAGCGCUGCAAUUACGCUUUACUCGAUCCUUCUGUGCUUUUUGUCUUGGAAUUGGGAAUACGAAGAACGCCGCGACUUUGUGCUGACUGAACGGCUUGCUCAAGAGAAUGUGAUGGUACAGAUGACUAUGGAGAUGACUGGCUGGUUUAGUGGCGGGGCAACGGACCAGUCCCCUGACAGUAGAUCCAACGCUGGUGGCAUUCUCAGUGCAAAUUGUCAUAUUGAUCCCGAUGACGUUUUAGUGAAGGAGGAGUUGGGAGAAGGCACGUUUGGCUGUGUUUAUGCAGCUACUUGGAAAGAGACACGCGUGGCUGUCAAAAAGAUCACUUUACAGGGUGAUACUAAGUCAAUUGUGACGAGUUUCGGCUCGGAAGCAAGUGUAAUGGCACAACUUCGUCAUCCUAAUGUGGUAAUGUUCAUGGGAGUCAUGGUCCAUCCUGAGUUUGUUGGCUUAGUGAUGGAACUUUGUCCAAAAGGGAGCGUUUACAGCGUUAUUCACACCAUCGAAGUUAAGAUCGACUGGUCAUUAUUGCUGCGUAUGCUAGUUGACUCGAGUCGUGGAAUGCACUUUUUGCAUUUGAGUAAGCCACCGAUUCUUCACCGAGACCUCAAAAGCGUCAAUUUGCUGAUUGAUGCUGACUGGAGAUGUAAGGUGUCUGAUUUUGGGCUCUCCAAACUGAAAGCUUUUCGUGAAAAUGAUCGAAGCGAUGUGAGCGCAACAACAGCCAGCAGCACUUCCAACGUCCCUCGUGUAUUUGUUGGUUCGAGCGUCUGGAUUGCUCCGGAAGUUUUCAGAGGGCAGGAACACACAGAAAAGACUGAUGUUUACAGCUUCGGUGUUAUUCUUUUUGAAGCACUAAGCAGUUCUAUGCCGUAUAGUUCCAUCUCUGUAGACGCAAUUCCGUUUGUUGUUCAAGCAGGAAAGCGCCCAGUCGAUUUCCACCCACUCGAGUUGCCUCCAGGAGAUGCCAUGGAGGAUCUAUACGGUCUCAUGACUCGCUGCUGGAGUGCUGAAGUCCAUGUUCGACCAACUUUCGCGGUCAUAAUAUCAACCCUUCAGUCUAUACUCACCAAGCACUGCGGAAACGAAAAAUGGGAAGACCACAUUAUUUAUCCAGACCGAAAAAUUGUCAGCAAUUCCAAUGCACUUGAAAAUAAUGAUGGAUUGUCGAUUUGCGAGAAGGAUCUAAUUGUGGAGUCGGCUAUAGGACGUGGGGUCUUUGGCGUCGUGUACAAAGGAAGCUACUUUGGUACUCCUGUCGCCAUCAAGAAGCUCCAUGUGAGCAGUGUUCCAAAAAAUACUCUGAUUGAGUUUGAAAAGGAGUGCAGUAUAAUGAGAGGUUUACAUCAUCCGAAUAUAGUGCUGUUUAUGGGCUCAUGCUCGAAACCGCCGACGCUGCUGCUUGUGACGGAGUUGCUUGCCAAUGGAAGUUUCUUUGACAUAUACCACAAAAUGCCUUGUCCCGAAUCCAGUCGUCAGCUGCGUCUUGCGUAUAGUGUGGCAUUUGAUAUGGCAAAAGGUUUGGCGUACUUGCACAACCAUAAUCCGAUCGUGAUUCACCGUGAUCUCAAAUCUCAAAAUAUUUUGCUGGACGACCGAAUGCGGACAAAAAUUGGAGACUUUGGAUUGUCUAAGUUUCGCGACGUUGGCAAAACUAUGUCCAUUUGCGGCAGCCCCCUCUGGGUAGCACCGGAAGUAUUGCGUGGUGAGAAAUAUGGCACUCCGUGUGAUGUCUACAGUUUCUCGAUCAUUGUGUGGGAGGUACUAGCAUGGGGAGAGCCUUAUCCGGAUUUGGGCUCAAGUGAUAUUAUGAAUGGUGUAGCUGGGGGAAACUUGCGUCCAAUAGUUCCGGAAGGGACGCCUUCAGCACUUGCUAUGCUAUUAGAAGAGUGUUGGACGAAAAGACAGGAUCAGCGACCGACGUUUAAUGAGCUUGUGCGAAAGCUUGAAGCCAUGAGCAGAGACUUCGGAGCGUAA